AAAAAUUCUCAGCAGUGUUAUCUUUCCUUUCGCUUUGUUGGCGUCUCGGCUGCGAGGAGAGCUCUCAAUUGCAAGACAAAGACUCUCCCAGGUCGGCAUUGAACCGUGACACAGUCACUUGGCUGUCAUCUUUGGAGCCUCCCUGCCCUCUAUUGUGGACCUGUACUCUUCCAGGUUGAAGAAGAGGGCGGGGAACAUCAUAAAGGACCCCUUCCAUCCUGCGCACUGACUGUUUGAACUGCUUCCGUCUGGUAGGCGCUUCAGAUCCCUCCAGACUAAGACUAAUAGGCACUGGAGAAGUUUUUUCCCUACUGCGGUCACUUUGCUGAACAGUUAACUGCCGGUUAACAGUCGGCUAACUAUUACUUGGAUUGCACUACUGAGCCACCCUCCCCAGGAGGACAUCUUCCACCACACAGGAGAUCAGCAUCGAGUUCAAGCAUGUUCCGAAAAUUUGAAAGACUAAUAAAACAGUUAUUUAUCGGAGAGGAAAGCCAUGAACAAGACUUUCAGGGGACGUACAGGGACUCCGUUCUUCCAUCAAAGGACACACAUGAUAAUAAUUUGGAAAGUGAUGCAGUGCUGUACAAUCAGUAUGAGAAGAGAGUGCGACCUUGCAUUGACCUCAUCGACAAGCUGAGAGCAUUGGGUUUGGAAGAGGAUCUGUCUCUUCCAGCCAUCGCAGUAAUUGGAGAUCAAAGCUCUGGAAAAAGCUCCGUCCUUGAGGCACUUUCUGGGAUUGCUCUACCCAGGGGCAGUGGUAUAGUGACGAGAUGUCCUUUGGAACUGAAGCUGAAGAAUACCGAGGUGAAGAAUACGUGGAGGGCCAAAAUCAGUUACAGCAACUACAGCAAAGAACUGUCAGGCCCAUCUGAAGUGGGCAAAGAAAUUCUGAAAGCUCAGAACACCAUGGCCGGUGCGGACCAGGGAAUCAGCUCCGAGCUCAUCGGUCUAGAGGUGGAGUCUGACAACGUCCCCGACCUCACGUUAAUCGACCUUCCAGGCAUCACUAGGGUUGCUGUUGGUAACCAGCCACGAGAUAUUGGAGACCAAAUCAAGCAGCUAAUUGGCUCCUACAUUAAGGAGGAUAAGACCAUUAACCUUGUUGUCAUACCAUGUAAUGUUGACAUAGCGACCACAGAGGCCUUGAAAAUGGCCCAGGAAGUUGACCCUACAGGAGAAAGAACACUGGGUAUAUUGACUAAACCUGACCUGGUUGACAAGGGAACAGAAAUAAACAUCCUUAAACUGGUGAAUAACGAGGUUGUUACUUUGAAGAAAGGUUAUAUGGUUGUGAAAUGCCGUGGACAACAGGAUAUUAAUGACAAUUUGACACUGGCUAAGGCUUUAGAGAGUGAGAAAGCUUUUUUCAAGCAAAAUAAGGUUUUCAGAACACUCUUGGAUGAUAAUGCGGCGACAAUACAGUGUGUGGCUGCUAGACUGUCGACAGAAUUGGUGAUGCACAUUCAGAAAACUUUACCAUCAAUUCAGAAUGAAAUUCAGUGCAAAAUUGCGGAUACCAAUAAGGAAUUGCAGAGGCUUGGACGGAGAGUGCCUGUGGAUGAUGAGGAAAAGAUGUCAUUCCUCAUUGAUAAAAUUAGAGGCUAUAUUGAGGACAUUGUUAACGUAACAAGCGGAGAGUACACAAAGGACUACAGUGAUAACGAUAGACUGUACAGUAUGGCAUGUACAGCUUUUGGCGAUUGGAAUGAUCUGCUUAUUUCAGAGCAGGCUGAGACUGAAAAGGUAAUGAAAGCUAAAGUAACAGAACACUUUGCAAAGUCCCGUGGGAGAGAAUUACCUGGAUUUACCAAUUACAAGAUCUUUGAGUCACUCGCCAGGAAUCUGAUUCUGAAGAUGCAACCUCACUCUUUAACCAUGCUAAAAGAAAUAUCAGGCCUGGUCCAGAGAGUGCUUAAAAACAUGACUUUAUGGCACUUUGAAGGUCUGCCGAACCUACUGAGAUUGGUCCAGAAAAUGAUCGAUGAUAUUCAGGAGGAACAGGAAAUGGAAGCGGAGAAAAUGCUGAAUACUUUGUUCAAAAUGGAAAGCCUGAUCUACACUCAGGACUUAAUUUACUGCAAAAAGCUGAAGAAGGUUCAGGACGCAUAUAAAAAAUCAGACGAGGAAGAAGGAACCUCAGAGAAUGUUAAAAACACAGAAAUGGCCAGAAUGUCAAUUCAUUUGAAGGCCUAUUUUAAGAUUGCUUUGAACCGACUGGCUGAUAUAGUGCCAAUGGCCAUUAACUUUCACCUGCUGCAGGAGUUGGCAGACAAGCUACACCGUGAAAUGUUGCUGUUGCUGCAGCACAGGAAUCAGAUUGAGAUGUUGCUGAUGGAAGAGGCGGGUAUCUUCGAGAAGCGCCAGCUCCUCUCCAACCGCCUGAAGAGACUGAAAAAAGCUAGUGAGGCCUUGACCAUGUAUUAACAGGAAAUAUCCUGCUGUUAGAUAUAGUGAACAUUAAAUAAACUGGUGAAUGAAUUGUGUAAUGUGCUGUAAGGUUUCACUGCUAACGUAAUAGUUUUUUUUUGUAAUGUUCACUGCAGAAGUAACGGUUUCUCUGUAGCAGCAAUGUUUGGGUUAAUGCUGGAGAUAACAGGAUUGUGGAUGCAUGUUAGCCAAUCAGGAAUUUGUUGCCCUGUCUUGUGAAUCUGUAAGCA